AUGUAUCAUAAGAAUCCUUCUGCCAAGUCUGAGGGUGCACUGUCAGUGGGAAUACCCGGAGAAGUAGCAGGUCUCCAUGCAGCUUGGUCAAAGUAUGGGAGGCUCCCAUGGAACGAUCUCUUCCAACCGUCAAUAGAACUUGCAAGAAAUGGAUUUAAAGUUGAACCAUAUCUAGCCUUAUCCAUUAACGACCAUGAGAAAACAAUAAUGGAUGACCCUGGACUCCGUGAGGUGUUUGCACCUAAUGGGAAGCCGCUGCAGCUCAAUGACAUUUGCUACAAUCUCAAGCUUGCUAGCACACUAGAAGCAAUCGCAUCAGAGGGGCCACAGGUGUUAUACAAUGGGAGCGUUGGUGAGAAAUUCAUUGCGGAUAUGAAGAACGCUGGUGGAAUUGCAACAAUGGAGGAUAUGAGGAGAUACAGAAUUCAAGUCGGCGAAGCUAUGUCUGCAAAUGUUAUGGGCUAUAGAAUACUUGGUAUGCCCCCACCCUCAAGUGGAACUGUUGGACUGUCUAUGGUCCUGAACAUUUUAGGAAGCUAUAAAACACUGGAUGCAGUUAGGGGCUUGCUUGGUCUACAUCGUCUCAUUGAAGCAGUUAAGCACAUGUUGGCUAUGCGCAUGAAUCUUGGGGAUCCGAACUUUGUUAACAUCACAGAAUAUGUAGAAGACAUGCUUUCACCCACCUUUGCCGAGAAAGUUAGGCAAAAGAUACUUGACAACACAACUUUUGGUCCUGCUUAUUAUCUUGCCAGAUGGAGUCAGUUAAGGGACCAUGGAACCAGCCACAUCUCUAUAGUUGAUGCUGAGCGCAAUGCUGUAUCAAUGACAACCACAGUUAACUACUAUUUUGGAAGUGGAAUUCUCUCGCCAUCAACAGGAAUUGUGGCCAAUAACGAGAUGGCUGAUUUCUCCUGUCCAUCAGAGGCAACUCCAGAUAAACUCCCACCUGCACCAUCAAACUUUAUUGAGCCUAAUAAAAGACCAUUGUCUUCCAUGACGCCUCUUAUCGUCCUCAAGGAGAAUCAGCUUGCAGCAGUUAUAGGGGCCAGUGGUGGGAUGAAUAUAGUUACGGCGGUGGCCCAAGUUUUUAUAAAUCAUUUUGUUCUCGGGAUGGACCCUUUGAAAGCUGUACAGCAUCCACGAUUCUAUCAUAGACUGAUACCGAACGUUGUGCAUUACGAGAAUUGGACAGCCCUCGACGGAGAACACAUUGAGUUUGCAGAGGCCGCAAAGGAGUUCUUGGAGGAAAGGAACCAUCAGCUCGAGAGUCAAUCAGGUGCCGCUGCAGUGUGCCAGUUUGUUGUGCAGAAUCUAAAACAACCUGUUUCAAAUGAAAGGAGAGGCUUCAGAAAUGGGAUCUUUCAUGGUAUGCUUACCGCUGUUAGUGAUCCAAGGAAAGAUGGAAGGCCUGCAGGUCUAUAGAUUCUUUUAGUUCAUAUUUAUGUGGAUUCAGUGAAUCCUGAUGAUAGAACGCUGCCAAGCUUGUAAGAAUUAUUAUUUUCAUGCUUAGAAUCGAACUGAACUCUAGCAUGGUUCUGGGCUAAGUUGUGAGCAGAGUAAUGUAUGUUAGAAGCUCUCAUGCUUCCCUUAUUUUUACACCUUAGUUCGUAUGGU